AUGGAGCAGUUCAAGGAGGCGCACAAGAUGGGCGAAGCACUCAAGGCCAGCGGUCUGAACACUCAGGAACUGCGCAAGGACAUCUCUCAGAUGGAGCAGGAGCGUGAGCAGCUGAAUAAAAAGAUUGCGAAGCUUCGACGAAAGGUCGAAACUCAGCGCAACAAGGAUACCCUGCUCCAGUUGGCCAAGAACCUCCGCGAGGAACAGGACAGAGCAGAGACGCUGGCCCAGCAAAGGAACAGCCUGAGGGACACGUUGAACCACUGCGAGCAAAAGAUCCACAAGCUAACGCAGCAGCUAAGAGACCUGCAACAUUCGGGAACCGGUGCAACACCAGAAGGCCUGAUGAAAAAGCUGGAGGAAGAGGUCCGAGCCAAUGGCUACCUGGUGCGAGACAAGCUGCCCAAGGAAAUCACUGUUUGCCAGAACGACAUUAAGGACCUGCAGAAGGUGUCCGCUGAACCAGCGAUGGGACAAAACGAAAUCAACAGACUAAAGGCAAAGGUACAGACCGAAAACCAAGAGAUCAACGCUCUUUAUGAGCAGAAGAUGCGAAGUCAAGAACAAGCUGAUGACAAGCUGACGCUGUUUAGGCAACAGGCGGCAGUAAUCGCACGCAAGAAGGAAGCGGCCGCCGAGACGCUCAACGAGCUGCGCCUGCAAGUCUCCCAGCUCGAGGCUCAGCUGCAAGAGAAACAGUCUCUGGUCGCCGGUGGCGAGCAGGUUCUCAAAGGAGACGAGUUUAAGAAGUAUGUGAACGCUCUGCGCGGCAAGAGCAGCCAGUACAAGCAACAACGCCAGGAGCUGGCCGAGCUGAGGGCCGAGACCGGUGUGCUGGCCAGGACGCAGGAGAUACUCACGCACAAGGAGCGCGACCUCAGGCAGAGUCUGGAGGCGCUCGAAGAAAAGCACGGCGUUCGCGGCUACCACCGGUUACAGGGAACCCUGGAAAGCUUGUCCGGCAACAAGGCCGCGCUCGACGAGACAAAGAUGGCGACGCUGGAAGACAUGUCCACCAUGGUGACCAGCCUCAACAAGCGAAUUGCCGAAAGGAAGGGGCGCCUGGCGCCGGCCAUAAAGGACCUCAGGCCGCUUAGAAAAACCUACCAGGACGUGACAAUGGAGUACGAGGAAAAGAAAGCAGCCUACGACACAUGCGCAGCAGGCUUGGAAAGCACGUUGACAAGUUUAGAGCAGGAAGUGUCCAGCCUCCGAAGUGAACUGAACAGCGAGGAGUCCAAGCUGAACUUCCUCCAGCACAGCCUUCGGAUACACGAAGUGCAGCUAAACUUCCUCAAGGCUAAUGGUGUGCUUGGAAACCCCGCAGCAGCCGACGUUGGCUCUGACGGCCAGACUUCGCUCAGAGCCAAGCUGGGCCACGAGAUCGCCGAGCAGGAGAAGCGGGGCAAGGCCCUGCGGGAGCGCCAGAAGGAGCUGCGCGAGAAGCAGGCCUCACUGCGAGCACAGACCGAGCAGUGGACGCACUUGCAGGCGCUGCUGAGGGCCAAAAUGGCCGCGACCACGGCCUCAACUCACUGGCAACAUGGAGCACUGCCGCCGGGAAGCGCAGCGACACACGGAGACACCAAUUCGAGGGACUGGCUGGUCCUGUGA